AUGAAGAUUUCACAACAUCGUCAGAAGAGUUAUGCGGACAAGCGUCGCAGAUUUCUAGAAUUUGAACAGGGUGACCAUGUAUUUCUAAGACUCACGCCUAAGACUGGAGUUGGCAGAGCUAUGAGAUCGAAGAAAUUGACUCCAAAAUUUAUUGGACCAUAUCAAAUUUUUGCACAAAUUGGACCAGUGGCUUACUGGAUCGCAUUGCCUCCGAUACUGUCUGAAAUUCACGAUGUAUUUCACAUGUUGCAAUUAAGGAAAUACAUUCCUGAUCCGUCACAUGUGAUCGAACCAGACACAAUUCACCUAAAGGAGAAUUUGUCAUUCGAAGUACUGCCUGUAAGAAUAAACGACAUGCAGAUUAAGCGAUUAAGAAAUCAGGAAGUUUUAUUGGUCAAAGUGAUUUGGAACCAAACUACUGGAGAUGCGACUCAGGAAUUGGAAAGCAAGAUGAGGAAACAACACCCUGAUUUGUUUAUCGACGCGUCGUUUCAAGGACGAAACUAA